CUCCUACCAUGGACGGGGUCUCCGGGGCCCAGCAGCAGGGGUUUCAGGUUCUCCAGGGCUCACGCUUCACCAUCAGCUGCUCCGUCCAGCCUCAGUACCCAGGAGGCUCCUUCCAGCUCACCUUCACCUCCUCCAACACAACAUACAACUACACCCAGCCAGCUGUCAAUCACUCUGCUGACUUCCUGUUUCCUGCUGCAAACCCCGCCCACCAAGGAAACUACAGCUGUGUUUAUGGCGUCUAUGUUUUUUCUCAUAACUUCUCCUCUGAGAGCCGUCUGCUCUCUCUCACUGUCACAGACCUGCUGCUUCAGCCAAUCAUCUCUGUGUCUCCUACCAUGGACGGGGUCUCCGGGGCCCAGCAGCAGGGGUUUCAGGUUCUCCAGGGCUCACGCUUCACCAUCAGCUGCUCCGUCCAGCCUCAGUACCCAGGAGGCUCCUUCCAGCUCACCUUCACCUCCUCCAACACAACAUACAACUACACCCAGCCAGCUGUCAAUCACUCUGCUGACUUCCUGUUUCCUGCUGCAAACCCCGCCCACCAAGGAAAAUACAGCUGUGUUUAUGGCGUCUAUGUUUUUUCUCAUAACUUCUCCUCUGAGAGCCGUCUGCUCUCUCUCACUGUCACAGAUCCAAAAGAUUUCAUCAUCAGACUGGUCGUCCUGCUGGUGAUUCUGCUGAUGUUCACCACUGCCGUCUAUUUCAUCCCGAAGGCCAGCAGGGGGCAGAAGUCAGACCCACAGGAGAACAUCGAGAUGGAUUGUAAUAACCUCAGUGUUUCCAGAGCUGAAUGA